AGCACAAAUCAGUGCUAUCAGAAGUUAAAUAGGUAGUUCGAUUAGGCAGUGACUCGGAGGGAAAACGAUGCAGAGGCUCAAGAAAGCUGCUUCAUUACUAAGACACAAUCUUCAUUGUUAUGGCUUCCAUACCCAUUACAGAGGCCUCUGUUCCAUGCCACACUCUGCUUUUGCUGAUGAUCUUGACAGCCAAGUAUUGGUUGAAGGGAAAGCUUGGUCGAGAACUGCGAUUCUCAAUCGACCCUCAGUUCUCAAUGCUCUCAAUGCUGCAAUGGGGACUAGGUUGCAGAAACUAUACAAAUGCUGGGAAAAUGACCCUAAUAUUGGCUUUGUAGUAAUGAAGGGCCGCGGCAGAGCCUUUUGUGCUGGAGGGGACAUCGUUUCUCUUUAUCACUUUAUAAACAAAGGGAAGAUAGAAGAUUGUAAGGAAUUCUUUAGGUCAUUGUACACGUUUAUAUACAUACUUGGUACUUAUUUGAAACCCCAUGUGGCUAUUUUGAAUGGAAUUACAAUGGGGGGUGGCGCUGGAGUAUCAAUCCCUGGGAUGUUUCGUCUUGCAACCGAAAAAACUGUUUUUGCUACACCUGAAACUCUAAUUGGCUUUCACCCUGAUGCUGGAGCAUCCUUUUAUCUCUCGCAUUUGCCAGGUCACUUAGGCGAGCACUUGGCUCUAACAGGAGAAAAACUCAAUGGAGCAGAAAUGGUUGCGUGUGGGCUUGCUACACACUAUUCACAUAGUUCAAGAGUUCCAUUGAUUGAAGAACAACUUGGGAAUUUAGUAACUGAUGAUCCUUCAGUGAUUGAAACAUCUUUGGAAAAUUAUGGUGAACUCAUUCAUCCAGACUCAGAGAAGGGUGUGCUCAGCAGGAUUGAAGUAGUUGACAAGUGUUUCAGCCAUGAUACUGUCGAAGAAAUCAUUGACGCAAUGGAGAAUGAAGCAGCUAGAACGAAGGAUGCAUGGUGCGUUUCCACUGUGAAGAGACUAAAAGAAGUUUCACCAUUGAGCUUGAAGGUUUCAUUGAGAUCGAUACGAGAAGGUAGAUUUCAGACUCUUGAUCAGUGCUUGAUCCGGGAAUACCGAAUGUCAUUGCAGGGAGUAUCCAAGCAGAUUUCGGGAGACUUUACAGAGGGUGUUCGGGCCAAAGUAGUGGAGAAAGAUAUGACACCAAAGUGGGAUCCUCCAACAUUAGAGCAAGUUUCUCAAGACAUGGUGGGCCGUUAUUUUUCUCCCCCAAGUGAAUUUGAAGCUGACCUCGAACUACCCACGAAUUCGCGGGAAGCAUUUACCUAGUUUGUUAUGCACUUGUGCUUUCAAAAGUCCCAAUUGGGAAGAAUUAUUUGAUAUAAUAAUGUUGUUAUACAUGAUAAUUAUUUGACAUUAAUUAUCUUCAUCUGCAUCAUGCGUAAUUAAAAUUUUAUUAGUUUUCAUCAAAA